UUUCUCAAGAAGCCAGUGCAGGAGCUGCUCCAGAAGUCUGACAAGUUGAAGGUGGGCGUGAUACGAUAUUGUCUAAGCCGUGCUCGCACUGUCGCCUUACAAAAUGGUUGCACGGAUCCACGGGGCCAGCCUCGUCUUUGGACUGCUCGUAUUGGCAAUGUAUGCUAUAGGAACUAUACAAGCUGAAACAGGUAUCCUGGAAACGUUGUGUUCGAGAACUUCUACACGGAUUGCUAGCCGAGUACAACCCAUUUAUACCACGUACGCGGCAGCGGAACAGGACUGCCAGCGCCUGGCGCCGGUCUCUGCCAAAUACUCUGACAUUUUGAGUCUUGAGACGCUCUACUCCGAGUUAUACUCCGAGUGCAUAAAGAAGCAUGUCCUGAAAAUGUCUAAGAAUGUCCGCCCGCCUCUCUGGGUGAAGAGCGUGUCACGAGGCACGACCAAAAUGGCAUCCAACCACCAGUGGUAUAACAUCAACUCGGAUUUUACCUUCUUAUGUGAAUAUGAAGUACCGAUUGAGCCGAUUGUGCAAUUGAAAAUCUGCCCAGCCACCAAGUACUUUCCCCACCUGAUCGAAGGAGAAACGUCGCCAGUGAUCUGUCCCGAAGGUGAACUACCCUACGGUGGUACAACAUCAACCUGUCGGGAUGGAACGCACCAUGUAACCGGCGAUGAAUACUGUAGAAAAAUCUGUCCAGCCACGGAGUACUUUCCCAAACUGAUCGAAGGAGAAACGUCGCCAGUGAUUUGUCCCCAAGGUGAACUACCGUACGGCGGUACGACAUCAACCUGUCGCAACGGAACACACCGUGUAACCGGUCUUACAUACUGUAGAAGUGAGUGCAUUGGAAGUCGCUUUAUAAAUACAUACAUGUAUUCUGGCGAGACGUAA